AUGCGCGUUGCGGAAUAUUUUCAAAUAUGUGUGCAAAUGUCGACAACGACAUCGUCGAGUACAACUCGAAAUAGAAGUAUCGUUUAUGAAAGAGUAAGGGUUGUAACAGGGACUUACAGUGCCAGCUUUAAAACAAAAUUGCGCAGUACCUCUGUUGGCACCGCCUGCUACCCGCGCUGCACCCCUGUAUUCCCACCUGGCGCACCUAGUUGUAGCUCGUCGUUCUCUCUGGGGACGCCGAAAGCCACAAACUUUUGUUGCAGCAAGCACCACCAGUGUUGCGCCAAUUUUCUAGCAAAGCGAGAAAAUACAGCUAUAAUCAUUUAGCCGAGUCUUAUCAUAAUUGUUUAGAUUUAUGGUCGUCACCAAAAGAGCCUCCCUAUGUACUUUAGUCUUGAUGUCCGUGUACUUGAUGUAAUAGUUCAAGAACAAAUGGAUUGAGGUGACCGGCAGCCGCAGCAGCAAGACCCCCUAGUGCCGACGUUACGUCUCUUUUGCCGUGCGACCGCCCUGCAAUCGCCCAUUGAGCCACAGCUUUUUCAACGAACCACGUGCGCUCAUCCAAGAGGACAUCUUCCAAGUCGUGUACUUACUCUCACCGACUCGACCUCGAGGCAAUAUCGAAUUCAAAUGUGUCUGGAUCUGGAAAGUAGUCUUGUAAUGUUGCUGGGAGUACCUGGACCGCGGAGUGGCUGCUCGUACAGCAUGACAGCAUGACAUCGUGUUUUCCCUCU